CUUGAAAUUCCGGAUGAAAAGGGAAACUACCCGUCCCAUCUCGCCGCGAUUUCUGGGAAUCUGGAGACAUUUGAAUACCUCGUUGAUUUGAAUAUUGAUAUGAGCAGAAAAAACAACGAAGGUUUAGAACCAAUCCAUUUCCUUGCGAUGCAUGAUUAUCUGGACCUGCUGAACAGGCUUCUUGAGCUGGCUCAAGUUGACAUAAACGCCUCGGGAGAGGGCGGAUCAACACCAAUCCACUACUGUUGUAUACACAACAGUGUACGAUGCCUGGAGACAUUGAUUGCUCACGGCGCAGAUAUGUACAAGGCAAAUGAUCGUCAAACUUAUCCCAUCCAUGCUGCCUUGGAAAACGUCAAUCGCAAAUGUAUCGAAGUGUUAUUUGCCGAAGAGCGAAAACAGAGGGGUAAAGGACAACCUACUCCCAAAUUUCUGCUUGUUGUUAAUGAGAAUGAAAAGCCUGAAAGAGGAAGCAGGCGAUGGAGCUUUCGAAGACCAAGCAUUUCUCCAUCUAAAGAGAUGCCUCAAACGGUAACACUGGUCAACCACAUUAACCUGGUUGAUAGUGAGGGAGAUACACCACUUCACACUGCUGUUAGAUCAGGCGACUUAGAACAAGUAAAGCUUUGCUUAGAUCACGGUGGGGACAUUAUGGCCGUACAGAAUGACCAGGAAACUCCAGUCCAUUACGCUUGUUCAAAGAGUGAUCUUGAAUGUGUGAAGUUGAUGCUGGAAGCUCGUCCAAAUCAAAUAGAACUAUGCUUGGCCAUGGUCAAUCGAAGUGGCUAUACUCCACUACAUAUUGCAACGUUGUACGAUCACGUACCACUGCUGGAAUACUUGGUCAAGCAGGGCGCCCCAAUUGAUGCCACCGAUUCAACUGGUCUUACUGCCUUAUUACUUGGAGCUAAAAAGGGAUCAUAUAGGUCCUGCUGCCGUUUGAUUGACCUUGGAGCAAACGUAUCGUCCAGCGACGCGAACGAUAGGAAUAUUGUACACUUGAUGAUGCUUCACUAUCAAUCAGGGAUACAGGGUAUGAUGCGAAUUUUCGAAAUGUCCUUGGUUUCUGAGGAUCUUGUUUUUAGGAAAGAUAGUUCUGGUUGCACACCUCUCCACUACGCAGCAGAACAUGGACGCCACUGUAUGGUUAGCAGUCUCUUACGUUUGGGUGUGACAAUUCUGGAUCGAAACGCCGAUGGUGACACGCCAAUGCAUCUAGCUGCGCAACAUGGAAGGAAUAAAGUUGUACAAUACUUACUGGAAUCACCUGAGGGUAUUCGAGCUUUGUACCAAGAAGACAUGUUGGGACAGAAUCCCCUACAUCGGGCCGUGACCCAAGGACAUGUACAUAUCACCGAAAUGUUGCUGGAAAAGGGCGGGAUAUUCCGAAAAUGUCACGCGGGCAAUUCACCUCUCCAUUUGGCUGCCCGAUGCGGACAGCUAGAAAUCUGUCAGGUGCUUUUAAAAUUAAGUCCUGCAAUGUUAGAUCAGGUCAACUUCGAAGGACUUACUGCACUGCAUUUUGCUGCUACAAACGACUGCAGUGAAGUUGUGGACUUUCUUCUCACUUCGGGUGCGCAAAUAGUCCCAUCGAAUGACGGAGUCUACUUCGUAACAGACGCACUGAAUAGAAGACAUUACAACACUCUAAAAGCUAUCAUUAUGCAUCAGCGAUGGCCAGAAAUCUGGAACCAGUUUGACGGUACAACACACUGCGUAUUAGAUGGACUAAUACGAGAAAUUCCAUCCCUUUACGCGGUUACUUAUGACUUUUCAGUACUUCAGAGAGAGAAGGACAUCGAUGAGCGUGUCAAAGAUCCUUUGCACCGAGUUUCUGAAGAAACGAUUGCCUCUCGGGUGCACCGAUUUCGAAUAUUUGGUUGGGUCCUGUUUUCAGUGAUCACUGUUCAUAUUUUACUCAAAUUGUUCCAACUGAAACAACAGAGGCUCGAAUAUUUUCAUGACUGGUCAAAUACACUGGAACUGCUCCUCUUGGGUCUUGCCAAUGCGCUCUUCGUUGACGCAGCACUCGGUGGCAGAAUGCCAAACCGAAAAAUAGUGGGGGCAUUUCUGAUGCUAUUAUCAUGGUUCAAUUUCAUGAUGCAGAUUUCUCGGGUUAAAUAUUUGGGCAUCUUCAUCGUCAUGUUCCUCCAAGUCUUUACCACGGUAAUCCAAUGUCUCUUGGUAUUUUCCGUCGUGGUUAUCGGAUUCGGCUUCGUCUUCCAUGUCCUAUUGCGAGAACCAGAUUAUCGGUUGCGCCGUGAAUUGUUGAGCAGUUUGUACGACAAUAUCAGCCAUCACACGAAAACAUGGAUUCCAUCUAGGGAAUUUCAACUCAGCGAACGGGAACAGUUUGACUACCUGGGCAUUUCAAUUUUCAAGACAAUCAUGAUGAUGUUUGGUGAAUACGAGCAUUCACGAACGCUGAUUUAUCCUUUAUUUGGCUCCACCGAAGAGGCUACCAUCGGCGCCGCGCUGGUUUUUAUUUUCUACAUCGCCUUUCUUUUACUCGUGCCAAUAAUACUGAUGAAUCUAUUGAUUGGUCUGGCUGUUGGUGAUAUUGACGAAGUCAGGAAGACUGCCUGUCAGAAACUGAUCAUUCAACAAAUUUACUGGUUGGCAGACUUGGAAUCGAAGUUCCCAAGGAAACUCCGGCACAAGAUAUUCAAAAGUAGCGUUUCCUGGGUCGAAUCUCAAACGAAGCUAGUACUCAAAUCCUUGUGUAAGCAAGAGCUGUUGACCCGAAACCACUGUCCUCCCAGUGUCAUCCGUAGCUCUUGCGUGUUAGUGAGCGUCAAAAGACUUUCAGUGUUUGACCAUCGAUGCCUUCAGAGCAUUGCCCGAAUAUGGUGGGAAUACCGGAUCGGAAAUGCUGAAGUCGAAUGGUAUUCGGAUGAACUGAUCACACUGCAUAGGUUGCGCUGGUUUGGCCACGUGCUGCGUAUGCCAGCCGACCGACUUCCUCGAAGGACUCUUUCCGCACACCCACGCAAAGGGUGGAAGAGAGACAGAUGCGGUCAAACAAUAACGGCAACGAAGUGUAAAAACCAUUACCACCAAACUCAGCUACAC